CGGGCAUGGCGGCCGAGGCGCGCGUGUCGCGCUGGUACUUCGGGGGCCUGGCGUCGUGCGGCGCUGCCUGCUGCACGCACCCGCUGGACCUGCUCAAGGUGCACCUGCAGACGCAACAGGAGGUGAAGCUGCGCAUGACGGGCAUGGCGCUGCAGGUGGUGCGCUCCGACGGCAUCCUGGCCCUCUACAACGGCCUGAGCGCCUCCCUGUGCAGACAGAUGACCUACUCCCUGACCCGGUUCGCUAUCUACGAGACUGUGCGGGACCGGGUGGCCAAGGGCAGCGAGGGGCCCCUGCCCUUCUACAAGAAGGUGUUGCUGGGCUCCAUCAGUGGUUGCAUCGGAGGCUUCGUGGGGACUCCCGCAGAUAUGGUCAACGUCAGGAUGCAGAAUGACAUGAAGCUGCCCCAGAGUCAGCGCCGAAACUACGCCCACGCCCUGGACGGCCUGUACCGCGUGGCCCGAGAAGAGGGUCUGAGGAGACUGUUCUCGGGAGCAACCAUGGCCUCCAGCCGAGGGAUGUUGGUCACCGUGGGCCAGCUGUCCUGCUACGACCAGGCCAAGCAGCUGGUCCUCAGCACGGGGUACCUGUCUGACGGCAUCUUCACCCACUUUAUUGCCAGCUUCAUCGCAGGUGGAUGUGCCACGGUCCUGUGCCAGCCCCUGGACGUGCUGAAGACACGCCUGAUGAACUCCAAGGGCGAGUACCAGGGCGUCCUCCACUGCACCCUGGAGACCGCGAAGCUCGGGCCGCUGGCCUUCUACAAGGGCCUCGUGCCAGCUGGCAUCCGCCUCAUGCCCCACACCGUGCUCACGUUCGUGUUUCUGGAACAGCUUCGUAAACACUUUGGCGUCAAAGUGCCAUCCUGACAGCGCCAUGGCUGUGGCGCUUGGGCUAUGCCUGACCCCCAAACCAGGUUCUUCCAGAGUCCAGGGGGCUGGGCUGCGCCCUGAGCCCAGCACAGCGCCAGCCUCCCUCCUCCCGGCGGCCGUGGGCCCGCACCCUGCCCUGCACACAGAGGGCCGCCAGGAGGGCAGCAUCCAGGCCCUGGGUUUCUCUCCUCCCCCAGUAGGCAGUUAACACGGGGGCUGGGAGGCGGGCUGUCGGGUUUUCUGGGGUCCCCUGUGCCUUCUCCAGUCCCAAGGUUUCUCGUGGAGCAGCUGCCCAAAGGCCUCAGGACCGGUGUGUGCGUGACUUCUGUCUCACGAGAGGGACCAGGGCGCUUACAAUGCUUUCAAAGGUGGCUGUGCCCCCAGCUGCCAGGCCAGUGAACAAAUGAACAAGUGCCAGACGGGUGCCAGGGAGCAGGGUCCAAGUUCAGGGUGCCCCCGCCCACCGGCCCCUCCCACUCCAGCCAGCCCAGCUGCUAACAGCUCCAUCGAAACCUCAGCGCGCAGAGACCACGGCUGCCUUCAGGGCUGCGGUGCCCCCACCAUCCGUGCCUCCCCUCAGGGCCCCUCUCUGCGGAUGGCGGUCACCCCCAAGGCCCCAGUAGCUGAUCAGCCAGCACCCCACCACCCAGAGUCCGCUGCCAGUGCAGCCUGCUCCCCUCCCCCCGGGCCCCCUUGGGACUGUGUCCCCACCCCCGCAAGGGGCCGGUCUGCAGGGACAGUAAUAAAGGACAG